AUGAGAUUCGGGUUUGGUGGAAAAAAGACGACUCAAGACUAUGUGAAUUAUAUCAAUAAAGAUUUAGUGUGGAGUAAGGUCUCUGGAGGCUUGACUAUGACUGGCACAGGCGCGAAAAUUGCUGACACACAGGUAGGCCUAUAUAAGGCCGCGUUUACACUAUGACGCUACGGCAAAUUUACCGUAGCCGUAGUGAUUUGCAUCCGGAGUGCCAAACGUAGACACGUAGUGGUCUGUAGUUAAUACGCUACGGCAAACCACUCGGUUAUAGUGUAAACACAAUCCCAAGAAACGUAGUGAAUUUUUAACGAAAUUGAUUUGUAUUCAGAGUGACAAAUGUAGUGGUUCGUAGUUAGUACGCUACAGCAAACCACUCCGUUAUAGUGUAAACACAAUAUAGUCUCAAAAACUAGAAACGUAGUAAAUUUUUAACGGAGUGUUAACCGUAGCGUGAUAGUGUAAAUGCGGCCUAAAUCUCAGAUUGAAAAUCAUUUCUGAAUGUAGUCAGUGUCAAAUCAAAAACGAGCAUUUGUACCACGCGACGUUGUGAUUUUUUACCUUAUUUCACCAAGGGCGCUGUAAAACAUAGCUGUGCUUAUAGCGCCUUGUUUUCACCCAAUGAUCUUGAUCGUUUGACCCUAUAAGCGUUGCUACUGUAGGUGUGUACUCUCUCGCCAAAGGCAUGUGUAGGUCAUGUAUAGUUCAGCCAGAGGCGCCCAUGUGCAUGAAAACAUCUGUCUCGGUUAUGUUCGAGCUGCAAUCCACGUAUUAACAACAGAAGUGGAUAUUUAACACCUAACUUUAAUAAAUUUACCUUUACUUAGGUGUUUCCCUACGACAGCCCACUCAAUGCAAGACCUAACAUUGCAGACAUCGUCCUACUAAUCACGGAUGGCAAACCCAAAGGACAGAAAAGAUGUUGUGAACUUGAAAACGCGCUCAAGCAUACGAGGUGAGAGCAAGGGUGACAGACGCAGUUAACGCGCUGUCGUUACAGUACGUCUGAGUUAAGCACGUCACUGAUCGAUCAUGAAGUUUGACGGCACGGGGGGGGGGAUAAUUAUCACUUAUUUACUGAGACCGAGGGAAACAGUGGCAGUUGAGGAGCCACAAAAGACGCUGCUUUUCCGAGGUCACAGUAAAUAAGUGUCAAAGUCUCAUAAUUCACCUGGUAUUCCAAAACAGUGUAAUUAAACCAACCGCGGCGGACAUGCGAACGCAUGAACGCGCAUGAACGUGAAUAUGAGUCCAGCUAUACACACGUAUAAAAACGCACAAGACCCUUACUAAAUGCAAAAUCAGAUCUAAGACCUUAGAUGGUCAGCACUCAGCAUGUAUAUCAUGUGCUUCAUGAUCAGGCGAAUUAGGCGACCAUACCCUGCGUAAUUGACAUGAAAUAACUUAUUACUGUAUAUUGUUAUUAUUUUCAGUUCCAUGAAGAAUAAAAGCAUUUUGAUCAUUGGAAUUGUAGUUGGCAAACCACUUGUAAGAAUGACAUUUAACCAUACGAUAUUAAAGAUGGCAUCCUCUAACUCGACGCUGUUUAACUGUGACUUUCUUCAUCUGGAUAAAAUACUCGACCAGUUGAUUAAUGCGUCCUGUACUUCAUUAAAGUCAGGUAAAUUUAAUCAAAAGUUAAUUUGAUGAGUGAAUUAAUAAUUCAUAUAUAAGAUCAGUUGCUUAAUUGAUCAGUCAAUCUGUUAUUACAUUAAUCAAUCAUUCAGUUAUGCAAUCGAACAAUCAAUCAAUGAUUAAGAGUCAAAUAAUCAAGAAUGAUUAAGAGUCAAACAAUUAAUCAACAAUAGUUAUUAAAUCAAUAAUAGUAAAUCAAUUAUCAAAUAACAAGAGUCAAUCAAUCAAUCAAUCAAUCAAUCAAUAAUAACCAGUCAGUCUUAGAGAAAACCUGCUUUGAAUUAAACUGGAAGCACUCUUCUCAUAUGUGUCUGAAGCGAGAAUCACUUCAUUAUUGGGAAGUUGUAUAUUGGAGAAUUCCAGAUGACAGAGAUGAAGACACACCAUGUUCGCAGUUAAUAACUUAAAGUUUUCAUUACAACUUUUAUGCUGUUUCAGAGUGUAUUUGUCAAAGCACCAGGACGCUUGACUACGUUAAUCCCAACUGCCCAUGUGGUACAAAGAGCGUAACUUGGAUGGAACCAAAGCCAACUUGUCCAGGACAGCAAAUAGUACGAAACACAAUUCAGCCAAACAUCAAACCUGGAGCGAGCUUCGGUGUUGGGAACCAUAGUAUCCUGUAUUCUUAUAACAUGACUAGCGGUAUUAAUGUUCAGUGUACCGCUGCUAUCGAGGUGAAAGGUAUGAUAUUAUGAUAAUAUUUAAUCGGGCCCUGCACCUCACGUGCCUCAUAUAUUAUGGCUCAUUGUAUAGUAAAAGUCGGCCUAAUCUACACCGAAUCUUCAAUUAACUAAAUUUAUUAAAAUAAUUUGACCCAAAAUUUGAUCCUUCCUCUCAACAUGAUAAGUAAUAUCGACAUAAAAUAACAUCGCUCAGCAGGUGUACUCUUAAAAUGUUCUGGUCAGCCUAAAAUUAACCCUGUUUGGAGUAACUUAAUGUUCCUGGUUAAAAUCCCUAGUUAAUUUAACCACAAUCCUGGUUAACUUGAUGAUAGUCUUGGCUAAUUUAACCAUGAUUCCUUGUUAAUUUAACCAGGCUAAAUGGUUAAAUUAACCGGAUAAUAGUCCACCUAACAAAAUCUGGUUAAACCAACCAUAUAUCCUGGUGAAAUCAACCAUAUAGCCUGGUUAAAUUAGCCACGAUAGUGAUCAUAUCAAUCAGGACUGUGGUUAAAUUAAGCAGGAAAUUUAACCAGGAAGUUACAAACGUCAAGCGCCCUAGAGAAAAAAUUCGGCCAAAGUAAUAAGAAUAAAUACGGGAAAAGGAAAGCAUUUACGAUAAGAAAAACUAUAACGGCUGAAACUAUAAGGCAGGUAAUUUUACCGCUCUUUCCUUGUUCAUAGUUUUCUUCUGCCAGAUCUUCUUGAAGACGAUACUAUUUCUAAUCUUUCGAGUAUAAGCAGUCAAAUGGGUGGACGUUUGACCUUAGUGUUCAGGAAAGCUGAUUUUGUUUUAAAUCGCGAAGAAUCUAUUUUGAAAAAAAGCCAAUAUACCUGUAGAAGAACACUGAUUUAUUUUACUUCAAAUAAAAUCUUUUUCUUUUCAUAUAGUGGUCCCAUGCCAAAGUGUGCCUUACAACCCAGCAACACACAUGUGUUGUUCUGGUGAGCUCCAUUCUAUCAAACCGCACUACAAAUGUUGUGGCAGAGGGGAGUAUAACUUCAGAGUUGAAAAAUGCUGUUCUCUGAAUUCCAACAUUGUUGGGUGGAGCGACAUCUGUCCUGGAGAUGACAGUAUAUCUGUUUAA